CCCCCAUGAAAAACAAAAUUUCACAAAAUUUCUUCAUCUCAAAUGACUAUUUUUGCCACAUUACGCCUAUUCAAACUCAAUAAUUUCAUCCAUCGGGGCGUUAAGAACCUAAGUUCAUCUUCUGUGGCACGUAAGAAGGUUGACAUCAAUUCUCUCAUAUCCAAAAUGUCAAAAACUCGAGUUGAUGAAGCCAGUCCUGAAAAACCACACAUGAAAAAGCGGGAGCGACGACAGCCUGAGAUGCUACGGCACAUCAAAUACCGGGAACAUGUCAAAGGAAAAGUUCUGCCUGUGCCAGGCAUAAUGAAUUUCCAAGUUAUUGGGACUGGAGGAAGAGGGACACCAAAGUCUGUGCUCUUAAUCACUGAACAUUACCGGUACCUGUUUAACUGUGGAGAAGGAACCCAAAGGAUUGUUACCGAACACAAAAUGAAACCCUCCAGAAUCGAGCACAUCUUCAUCACCCAUCAUAGUUGGAAUAACAUUGGUGGACUACUGGGGAUGGCACUGACUCUUCAAGCAGUAGGGAUGCCAACAGUCACACUCCAUGGGCCUCCAGAGGUGGAAAACAUGGUGAAUCAUGCAAAGCGUUUUGCUGAUACGCAAGCUACCAACCUGGUCAAGUAUGAUGCGUCUAACGGAUCAUUCCAAGACCACUCGAUGAAAGUUGAUUAUGUGCCUCUCUACAAAGAUCCCACUGACCAGGCAGAACCCAGUGGGAAGAAACUAAGGCUCUCUGGAGAUACACAGGACGGUGCAACAGGGAGUGAUGUCAAACUGUGCAAUGACAUGGCAGUUGCAUUUCUGUGCCAGCCAAAACUAUACCCGAGGAAAAUACUGAUGGAAAGAUGUGUUGAUUUGGGAAUAACAAUUGGUCCACAAAUUGGUCAGCUAAAAAAUGGCAGUGAAAUCACAUUACCGGAUGGAAAAGUGAUUAAGCCAGAUGAUGUACUUAGUGAUCAACUCCCAUCACAGCCAUUUCUUAUUGUUGAAUGCCCGUCUGUUGAGUACCUUGACUCAUUAGAGAGCAGUGACAAACUCAAGCCGUAUCAAAAUGAUGGCGCCAGUCUUGAUGAUAUGUUGGAUGUGAUAGUCCAUAUGGCUCCCCAUGAUGUUUUGGUGCAGCCGCGGUAUCAAGCCUGGAUCAGCAAGUUCCCGCCACAGACAAACCACCUGAUUCUUGAUGACAGCUCCAGCAACCUGGUCAGCACCGGAAUCUUCAAAAUCCAAACAAUAUUGAACUUGCUAAGUGACAGGGUAUUCCCUUUACUCGUGGGUCAGAGGAAUGGACCAUUAUGUCAGAAGCCUGUCAACCUAGAGGGUCCAGUCGUGUCUGGAAGUACGAAUCUUGUCUAUCAUUACCGACCACAUAAAGGAUUUGAUGGUGAACACUGUAUUGAAAUCGACAAUGAUGAGUUCAGAAAAGAGGCCAUGCAACAAGAGGAUGUCGAAGAGAGACUAGUGGAAAUGAGAAAAAAAUUAGCAGAUCUGGAAUCUUCAAAUUCUAAACCUAGUCGUCCGUAUCCGGAGAUUGUGUUCCUGGGGACCGGAUCAUCAGUGCCGAGCAAAGUGCGAAAUGUUAGCGGUAUUCUUCUACACUUAAUGGAGGACACCUGUAUCCUAUUGGACUGUGGUGAAGGCACACUAGGACAAAUAUACCGUUACUAUGGCGACAAGACAGCCGAGGUGCUACAGAAACUCAAAUGUGUCUAUAUAUCACACAUGCAUGCUGAUCAUCAUAUGGGUCUGUUCAGUAUCCUGUUUGAACGUGCCAAAGUUACGCAGAGUAAAGAUAAGCUCAUCCUGCUGGCCCCUCAGGCAUUUGGAACGUGGAUGAGGCAGUUCCAGGGAUCCUUUUAUCCUGUGGAAAAAUAUGUUGGGCUGAUUCCGUUACAACAAGUAAACAAUUAUACAAAUGGCACAAAAGAUGAGAAUUGCGAUCAUAUCCUGCAGCAUCUUCAUCUAAAUAGGAUCCAGACAACCUUUGUGCGCCAUGUGCCUGGUUCCUUCGGUGUCGCCCUUACACAUCAAGAUGGCUGGAAAAUCACAUAUUCUGGAGAUACAAUGCCCUGUGAUAACUUAGUCAAAAUAGGUAUGGAUUCUGACAUCUUGAUCCAUGAAGCAUCGAUGGAAGAUGAUUUGAAGGAUGAAGCAAGAUAUAAAUCUCACAGCACAACAUCCCAGGCCAUAGAGAUUGGACUUCAAAUGAAUGCCCAGUUUAUUCUACUUAACCACUUCAGCCAGAGAUAUGCCAAGGUUCCCAUCUUCAGUGACAAAUUCUCAGACAAAGUGGGAUUUUCUUUUGACAACAUGAGGGUUACUAUGGAUGACAUCCCACUCUUCCCACACUUCAUCGAGCCUCUCAAGGCGAUAUUCGCAGAACAUUAUGCAGAAAUGGAAAUUAAAACGCUCAAGAAAACUGUGCAGGCAAAGGCGUUGGAAGAACAAGCCAAAAUAGGGAAGGCAUCUUCAAGUUAGCAGACGAUGCCCAAUAGGAAUUCAAAUUACUCCAAAUUCAAUUAGUGAUUCAGGUGGCUUCAGAGGGGGUGAAAGCAACACUAGUCGAUCCUCUAGGGGCAUUAUUCAAGCUCCUCCUUGUUACACUGUCAGAUUAGUGGCAAUGGAUUGUACCAGAAGUAGCAAAGCAAAAGGAAUUAACAUAUUCUCAUUGACACCAGAAUUUGAUCCCAGGGUCUUGUCAAAUGAAAGCUGGCCACUGUCAUAGGCAUUUUUUGUAAAUAAAUCAUCACACCGAACCUCAUUUGUUCACUUGGUCAUUAUAAAUCACUGUUCAAAGAUGGCUGAGGUUGCUAGCAAACAUGAGGGACAGUUGAAAGAUGUUUCAUUUUGAUAAAAUG